AGCACAAAACGAAGACGGGAAGAAAAAUAGAAAAAAUCUCAAAGAACGUCGGAUAAACCAAAACACAGAAUAUUAUAUUUUUUAUUCGGACAAAAAACGUAUUAGAAAAAGCAACCUUUUGCAAAAGAACCAACAAUAAAAAUAAAAUCACGAAGUUUCUACGAAAACGACUUAAAAAUUGUAAAAAAUAUAGAAGUGCAAACGAAAUUACAUAAAAAUUAAUGCAAAACACCAGUGGAAAAGUUAUAAAUUUUUAAACUUCUUAUAAAUAACAAGCAAAUAAUAAAUUGUUUGGCAUUACAGUUGUAAAACAAAAACAAAAGAGAAUCCUUAAAAACGGGUUGAGCAAAUUACAGAAAAUAAACCUGUCAAAAUGAAUACGUUCGUAAAGAACUACCGGAAAAGUGGAAUUACUUCACACAUGGUUCUGCCAUCAAAGAAAUAUUCCUCAGCACACUACAGGUCACAUUUCGCCCUGAAAUAUCGGCUAGAUCCUCACGGGCCCCAGUUCUAUGUCAGUCGACAUACACUAUUAUCAUCACAUCAUCAAUAUCUACCGGCUGUGACAGCAGCUGUCCGACAUGACUAUCACACCUUACAGCAUAACCAACGACAUGUGCCGUUGAUGUCAUCCUAUAGUUAUAAUGCCAGCCGUCAUUUUCGCCUUGGUCAAGGUCUCUAUGAACAGCCCUCGUCCAAAGUUGAGGUGACCGUACAGAAUAUGAAAAAUAAACAGAAGGAAAAAGUUGAAGAAAUAUUAAAGGAGGCCACAGCUGCAGCAGCAGCAACAAGCGACAACAAAGUGGUGGAGGCCACACCAAAACCGGUAGCCGUUAAGAAAUCUUUACAAACCCGUAUCUGGGAAGAAAUCGUACACUACUAUCAUGGUUUUCGUCUACUGUUUAUCGACAUAAAUAUUUGUCGUAAGCUGCUGUGGCGUGUGCUGAAUGGUAAGACUUUGACCAGACGAGAAAAUAAGCUAUUGGUGCGCACCACUUCGGAUGUUUUCCGUUUGAUACCCUUCUCGGUAUUUAUUAUAGUUCCUUUUAUGGAAUUGGCUCUGCCUUUGUUUAUCAAAUUUUUCCCCGGCAUGUUGCCAUCCACAUUCCAAACCAGCAAGGAAAGGGAGGAUAAACUAAAACAAGCUUUACAGGUGCGCUUGGAAAUGGCCAAGUUCUUGCAAAAGACCUUGGAUGAGAUGACGGUGCAGCACAAGGAGCACAAGAGUGAGGAGGCCAAGCAAUUUGAAAUAUUCUUCCAAAAGAUCAAGGAUCCCAGUGAGCAGGUAUCAAACGAUGACAUUAUAAAGUUUGCCAAACGUUUUGAGGAUGAAAUUACUUUGGAUUCAUUGAGCGGAGAGCAAUUGUCGGCCUUGUGUAGAGUGUUGGAGUUGAAUACGGUGGGCACCUCCAAUUUGUUAAGAUUUCAAUUGCGAUUGAAGUUGCGCUCAUUGGCCGCUGAUGAUCGUGUCAUAGAACGUGAGGGUGUUAAUUGCUUGGAUUUGUGGGAAUUGCAACAGGCCUGCAAGGCUCGUGGCAUGCGUGCCUAUGGCCUGACCAAGGAACGUAUGCAAACCCAACUACAGCAAUGGAUAGAUUUGUCUCUAAACGAAAAAGUACCUCCCACUUUGCUUUUGCUAUCGCGAGCAGUAUCGAUUUCGGAUGAUUCCUUUACCACCGACAAGCUUAAGGAAACCCUUAGAGUAUUACCCGACUCCUUGGCCAAUCAAACCAAGGCUGCCAUUGGUGAACGUGAAGGCAAAAUUGAUAACAAAGUCAAAUUGGAAAUUAUCAAAGAGGAAGUGCGCAAAAUCAAAGAAGAACGCGAAGAGGAACGACAAGAAGAAAAGGCCCAAAAGGAAGACUUGCUGGACAAGGCCAAACUUAUUGAAGAUGUCAGUGUUGAGUUACUAGAUCGCGCCAAGGAUGUUACCGAUCAAGUUCCUCCUCUGGAAAGAGUGAAGCCUAUAGUGUCGACCGUGCUUAGCGAAGCCGAAACAGCCAAGGAGGCUGAAACGGCCAAGGCCAAGGAUGAAGAAGAGAAGUCUAUCUCCUCCAAGGAUGUAGAACUGUUAUCGGAAGCCCUGAAGACACUAUCGAGCGACAAGAAGAUGGUGGUCGAAAAGGAAACCAUUAAAGAUCUCAAAACCGAACUGGAAGAAUACAAAGAAGAUGUCGAGGAAUUGCGUGAAGUGCGUCAAGUUGUACAGGAGCCCGUCCAUGAAAGUCGUGCCGCCAAAAUGCUAUUCAAAAAGGUUAAUACCAUGAUUGGCCAAUUGGACAAGGUGCUAACGGAUUUGGAGGAAAAACAACACAAGGUCAUGGCUCAGGAUCUAAAAGGCGAGGUGCUGACCAAAGAACAAGAGGAAGCGAAACGUCGUCACGAGGAUAUUGUGCAAAUCGAUGAAUUGGUGCAGAUUAUUAAGAAGUUGAAACAAACCUCAGACGAGUCAAGACUUAAACAAAUUGAAAAUGUUUUAAGCAAACUGGAUUCUGACAAAGAUGGUGCCAUAUCGGUGGAUGAAGUGCUUAAGGUCGUCGAAGCAAUUGGCCGUGAAAAUGUGAAAUUGAAUGAGAAACAAUUGGAAGAAUUGAUUACUCUACUAGACAAGGAACAAAUCAUUGAAGCUGAGGAGAAAAUAGAAAAGGCUAUAGCCAAGAGUAUAAAAGAAGCUGAAGAAGCUAAAAAAGUAGCGGAUAAAGUGCAAAAAAGUGACACCGGCAGCAGUAGUAAACCACAAAAAGCAGCUGGCAUAUAUACAGAUGAACUUAAAGAUUGUGCUAAAGUAAUUAAGGAUAAUGCUCUCAAUCUGGAUGAGCUGGAUAAGAAGAAUGUGUUAAAAACAGAGGCUGCUGCUAACACCAAACAGGAGAGUGUGCUGUUGGAGGCUGCCGAAAAACAAAAGGAAAAAAUCUUACCUAAAGCUGAUAUCAUGCCACCCACACCACCACCCACCAACAAAACAAAUCAAGUCAAUACUAAAGAUAAAAUGAUAUGAUUUGAUAAAAUCCCUUCUUCCUCCUCCUCCUCUACAUCUACUAAGCUUAAGAAUAAACAAAAUAAAUAAACCUUCUUGCUAGGAAUAUGACAAUAAUUUGAAAUUCCUUUUUGAAAUAUGUGUAUGGAACUAAAAGCAAAGGCCGCCAACAAUCUAUUUAAAUAGUUUUUAAAUAGUAAGUUUACGAACAAAAUUAGUUUCCAUGUCUAAUCUGCUACUGCAUUGGGUAUAAGGUGUAACCUAAAAGAAGGUUCUCCCUGUAGCUCUUUUAACAUUUACUUAAUCAAAUCAAACCGCGUGUUAUUUCAGCAGUUUUUUUUAAACUGCUUUUUGUUUAAUAUCGUUUUACCUCUUUAAAUAUUGUCAUGUUAAGUUUAUAUCUAUAUUUUGUUUAGCUAUUUCAUUUUAAUUUUUUAUAGUAAUAAACAAAAAAAAAAUAAACUGUUUAAUUGUACCUUAAAAUUUAAUUUAAUAAAAGAACAAAGAAACGUUAAAGAAAGCUAAUUUCUAAUAAAUCGAUAACAGAAA